AAGCUCACUGGCAUCUGCCUCUUGGCAUUCGCCUCCGUCUCAUGGGCUGAUGCAGUACCUGAAGGUCGCUACCUGUGGGGAGCUGACCAGAUGGGCAAGAUGGUCCGUCGUGCAACUUCCACUGUCAAAACAUCGUCGACAUCCAAGACAGUCUCAUCAGUAUCAUCUUCAACACCAGCAUCAUCAUCAUCAAAACCUGCGUCAAGCAGUGUUCCUGCUUCUUCUGCCAGCAGUGCAUCAUCCAGCACCUCGUUAGUGGCAGAUGCUGCUUGUACCAACGGACCAAACUCUCGUUCCUGCUGGAGCAAUGGCUACAGUGUCAAGACAGAUUUCGACCAGAAGCACCCAACCACAGGAAAGACCGUGCCUUACAACCUCGAGAUCACAGAGACAACCUGUAAUCCAGACGGUAAUGGUGCUAUUGUCUGCUUCCUCAUCAAUGGCAUGCAGCCUGGACCUGUGAUUACUGCCAACUGGGGUGAUACGCUCUCCAUCACUGUCAAGAACUCCCUCAAGAACAAUGGAACUGGAAUGCACUGGCACGGAAUCCGACAGCUCAACAGCGUAGGUUCUGAUGGUGUUGGUGGUAUAACGGAAUGCCCUAUCCCUCCAGGUGGAAGCAGAACCUACACUUUCCUCGCAACUCAAUUCGGUACUUCUUGGUACCACAGUCAUUACUCUUCUCAGUAUGGCAUGGGUAUUACCGGCACGAUAAUCAUCAAUGGUCCUGCCACCUCGAACUACGAUAUCGAUCUUGGUACCUUCCCUGUCAACGAUUGGUACUACGCGGGCACAGAACAGGUCAACGAUCAGACUCUCGUUAACCUCCAGGCCGGCGCCCCUCCACCAAACGGUGACAACAUCCUUGUGAAUGGUCUAGGAAAGAACGCCGCAGGUGCCGGCUCGUAUGCUCAGGUGACCCUCACCAAGGGCAAGAAGCACCGCCUGCGAUUGAUCAACACCUCUGUUGACAAUGCUAUCCGCGUCAAGCUUGAUGGUCACAACUUCACCGUCAUCGCUGCUGAUUUCAUUCCCACCAAGCCUUUGACUGGCCAAGAUUGGGUCUUGCUUGCUGUCGGUCAACGAUACGAUGUCAUCUUUACCGCUAGCCAGAGUGGUGGCAGCUUCUUCUUCCGCGCCGAGGCAGCUACCGAUUGUUUCAGUGGCAACAACAAGGGUGGCCGUGCUCUGUUCACUUACUCGGGAUCCACUGCCACUGAGCCUACCGACAGCAAUGAAGUCCCUCCAUCAAACGGCUGCAGUGAGCUCGUCACUGUUCCUUACUGGACUCAGGCUGUUGACCAGAGCCAAUACUCCGCUCAGGUCAAGACCCUCAGCACUGGUGUUGCACCUGGUGUCACCACCAAUGGCAAGAACUUUGCCCUCUGGCACUUGGACACCACUGCCAUGAUGGUCAACUGGGACAAACCCACACUUCAAUAUGUCCAGGAGGGCAACACCAGCUACCCCGAUCCCUACGCCGUCAUCGAAAUUCCUACAGAGGGCACCUGGACCUACUGGCUCAUUCAGAUGGGCCAACAAAACCCACCUCUUCCUCACCCCAUCCAUUUGCACGGCCAUGACUUCUUCGUCCUCGGCUCCGGCGCCGGUGUCUUUGACUCGAGCACUGCAAGCCUCAACUUUGCUAACCCUCCCCGCCGCGACACUUCCAUCCUUCCUGGUCUGGGAUGGUUGUUGAUUGCCUUCCCGGCCAACAACCCUGGUGUCUGGCUCAUGCAUUGCCACAUUGCGUGGCACAUUUCCGAGGGCUUGGGAGUGCAGUUCAUUGAAGCCAAGAACUCGAUCACCAUGCCUGAUAGUGGGACUUUCAACUCGCAGUGUGAUGCUUGGAGAAGUUACUCGGCUAACAUGCUGUACCCUCAGAUUGACAGUGGUCUGUAG